AUGCCUCUGGAUAUCGACCCCAACUAUGUUCUGCAGGCCGCGCGACUGACAGCCAUUGUUGCAGCGGCGCCUCACCAGGACGACCCUCGCUAUCCGGACUGGGAGACGAGGAUUUACCUCGAAGUGAGUCAGCUUGAAAAGAGUUUCCCGCAGCCCUUGAAGUCGUUGAGGAUGCCUGGGAUCGUCAUCAGCGCGUUGCUGGAAUUCACCCGGGCAUACCAGCAGAAGGCCCUGGCGCGGCUGGACCACAUAUUGAACGAUGAUGAGAGGAUAUACAAGAGGUACCCUCUGGCUGUGCACGAGUAUGGGGAGUGUGAGGACCUGGGAAGGCAGUGGUGGACUGAAGAUCCAUAUUGCAAGCUGCCACCGGUGAAGAGUAUGCCAGCGAAGGGCUGGGGCAAUGUGCCAGCCGAUGACAACACCCAGGGACGUGGCGAGGAGGACCUGGCUACCGGGGACCUCGUCACCAAGGGGAAAGGCAAGGAGAGAGCUGACAACGACAUCGGGACAGGCAUGGUGAGUGAGCGUAUCGUCCACGUGGAGGCGGGGGAGGACAAGGGAAAGGGCAAGAGCAAGGAGAAGGCGCAGGGGAAGGCGGCGCAUGCGAUGAGCGAGGAAGAGGAUGGGGGAGAGGGAGAGGGAGAGGGAGAGGAGCAGGAGGGCGAGGAUGACGAUGAUGCCGACAGUGACGAGGACGACGAUGCCGACAAAGAUGACGAUGAUGAGAUGGCAGAAGACGUGCCGGGUGCAGGCCAGCCCGAAUCCAUCGAGGUCGAUGCGGCGUCGCCCCCUCCGCCAACUACCAGACCAAUAUCGAUCUCGCCAGCUGCCCCAUCACUCCGAAAGUGCAAGGCAGUCAUCACAGAGUCGAGUGAGGAGAGUGAGAAUGAGGAGGCGGCUCCGAAGGUGAAGCGGAUGAAGCCGAUCGAGGUCGCAAAGGAGAAAGGCGAGGCCCCAACCACCUCUGGCCGAGUGCAGCGUGCACAGAAGAGGAUGGCGCAGACCGAGGUGGAGGGCUCGAAGGUGAGCACGAAGAAGAGCGGGAAGAGGAAGGCGAAGGAGUCAAGUGAUGAAGAGGAAGUACCGACCGUCAAGCCGCCAAAGAAGAAGCAUGCAACGAAGGAAUACAAGAGCAAGGAGUUCAUCGAAAGUGAAGACGAGACUCCGGCACCGCCUUCCAAUCUACCCACCAAGACUGCAGGGGACUCUAACGACGGUGUUGCGAAGACGAAUGCCCCUGCCAAACCUGUCAAACAGACAAUGAGGAUAACAGCGACACCUCAUGUCGCACCGAAGGCGAAGGCAAAGGGGAAGGCAAAGGCGACGGCGAAGGGGAAGGCGAUGGUGAAGGCGAAGGUGAAGGUGAUGGUGUCGCAGAAGGACAUGUGGAAAAAGACAUCCACCCGCGUGUCUGACUUCAUGUGGGCACAUGCAACAGAUUUGCUCAUCCCUUGCGUUGGCUGCCAGGAGAAAGAGUGGCCAUGCAAGCUCAACACCGCCAACUUCGGUCGCUGCCUCGAAUGUGCAGCACGAGGCAUCAGUUGCAGCAUCGCGCCGAGGAACACGGACGGCAUGCCCCUGCGAGGAAACUCACACACUGCACAGCGUGAGUUCCAAGAGAUGUGCGCAGCGCUGGUGGUAGAGGGCAAGCCACUGCCCACGUCGCCACCUCCAUACGAUGUCAAGGUCGACUCCAAUGAGCCCGACGGUGCAGAACCCAUGGUCAUGGGAGUGUCGAAGCGCAAGCCGCCGAAGAAGACCAAGACGUGCAAUGCUGCAGCAUCCAGCUCCAAGGUCAAGGGUGGUGAGGAGGUCGAGGCGACGAAGCAGAAGGCGACCGUCACGCCCUAUGAAGCCAACGCUGAAGGCGAGGCCUCGGUGGAGAAAUUGUCGAAGUCCAAGCGCGCCGCCAAGUCCGCCACCGCCACUGGAGCUGUGGCUCUGUCCAACUCUGGCGAGGUCGCCAACUCUGGCGAGGUCUCCAAGUCUGGCGUGCCUGCCAAGUCUGGUGCGGUCGCCAAACCUGGUGAAGGUAAGAAAUCAGGACCCAAGGCAAAGCCGGUGAGGAGCCAAAACUCAGGUGCGCAAGAUGGUGGCGAGGUCACCAGGACCUCAGUACGUGAGCCGGAUGAGGUCCCGCCUGCCAAGUCUGUUGCGAAGGAGGGCAGGCAGAUGACAAGGGUGGCGAUGGGAGGUCGCUCGGGCCCAAUGGUGCCCGUGAUCACCAGGAAGGCGAAGGCGAGUGCUCCCAAGGCAGCAGCCAAGAUGCCUCUGGCGGAAGGCGAUGGCAUGGAGGAAGCCGCCAGGCUGGCAAUGGAGGCGGUGUGGGCUAUGGCCUUCCAAACAGGGCCAGCUGCUCCGCCGCAAGCUAGCAGCAGCAAGCGCAUGCUGACACCAGUCGCCGAUGAACCAGAGGAUGCGCCAGAGUAUCAGGCAGAGGUGGCGGAGGAUGAGCGCGCGUCCUUGGAGCGGCCACACGACGAUCAGCGGCGUUCACUGCUGAUGCCCCACGAGAUGAGCGCAGGAGCUGCCGAGGUGGCACAGGAGGUGACGCCCUCCCUGGAGAUAUCUAAGGCGUCGAAGGGAGCGAAGUCCUCCACAUUGGCAAAGGCAGGACAUCUCGAUGAAGGGUGA